GCAGAUAGUCUCAGUGAUACCUUGAAGAAGCUGAAGAUAACAGCUGUUGACAGGACUGAGGAUAGUUUAGAAGGAUGUUUGGAUUGUCUGCUUCAAGCCCUGGCUCAAAAUAAUACGGAAACAAGUGAAAAAAUCCAGGCAAGUGGAAUACUUCAGCUGUUUGCAAGUCUGUUGACUCCACAGUCUUCCUGCAAAGCCAAAGUAGCUAACAUCGUAGCAGAAGUAGCCAAAAAUGAGUUUAUGCGAAUUCCAUGUGUGGAUGCUGGAUUGAUUUCACCACUGGUGCAGCUGCUAAAUAGCAAAGACCAGGAAGUGCUGCUUCAAACGGGCAGGGCUCUAGGAAACAUAUGUUACGAUAGCCAUUCACUUCAAGCUCAGCUUAUCAAUAUGGGUGUUAUUCCUACCUUAGUGAAAUUACUGGGCAUCCACUGCCAAAAUGCAGCUCUUACAGAAAUGUGUCUUGUUGCAUUUGGUAAUUUAGCAGAACUUGAGUCCAGUAAAGAACAGUUUGCCAGUACAAACAUUGCUGAAGAGCUAGUAAAACUCUUCAAGAAACAAAUAGAACAUGAUAAGAGAGAAAUGAUUUUUGAAGUUCUUGCUCCAUUGGCAGAAAAUGAUGCUAUUAAACUACAGCUGGUUGAAGCAGGCCUGGUAGAGUGUCUACUAGAGAUUGUUCAGCAAAAAGUGGAUAGUGACAAAGAAGAUGAUAUUACUGAGCUCAAAACUGGUUCAGAUCUCAUGGUUUUAUUACUUCUUGGAGAUGAAUCCAUGCAGAAGUUAUUUGAAGGAGGAAAAGGCAGUGUAUUUCAAAGGGUACUUUCUUGGAUUCCAUCAAAUAACCACCAGCUACAGCUUGCUGGAGCAUUGGCAAUUGCAAAUUUUGCCAGAAAUGAUGGAAAUUGUAUUCAUAUGGUAGACAAUGGGAUUGUAGAAAAACUUAUGGAUUUACUGGACAGACAUGUAGAAGAUGGAAAUGUAACAGUACAGCAUGCAGCACUAAGUGCCCUCAGAAACCUGGCCAUUCCAGUUAUAAAUAAAGCAAAGAUGUUAUCAGCUGGGGUCACAGAGGCAGUUUUGAAAUUUCUUAAAUCUGAAAUGCCCCCUGUUCAGUUCAAACUUCUGGGAACAUUAAGAAUGUUAAUAGAUGCACAAGCAGAAGCUGCUGAACAACUGGGAAAGAAUGUUAAGUUAGUGGAGCGUUUGGUGGAAUGGUGUGAAGCCAAAGAUCAUGCUGGUGUGAUGGGGGAGUCAAACAGACUGCUGUCUGCCCUUAUACGACACAGUAAAUCAAAAGAUGUAAUUAAAACCAUUGUGCAGAGUGGUGGCAUCAAGCAUUUAGUUACCAUGGCAACUAGUGAACAUGUAAUAAUGCAGAAUGAAGCCCUUGUUGCUUUGGCAUUAAUAGCAGCUUUAGAAUUGGGCACUGCUGAGAAAGAUCUAGAAAGUGCUAAACUUGUACAGAUUUUACAUAGACUGCUAGCAGAUGAGAGAAGUGCUCCUGAAAUCAAAUAUAAUUCCAUGGUCCUGAUAUGUGCUCUUAUGGGAUCUGAAUCUCUACACAAGGAAGUACAGGAUUUGGCUUUUCUAGAUGUCGUAUCCAAACUUCGCAGUCAUGAGAACAAAAGUGUUGCCCAGCAGGCCUCUCUCACAGAGCAGAGACUUACUGUGGAAAGCUGAGAACUGCCCGAUACACGGCAUCAUCCCACCUCUAAUUUCCCCUCUGUCCUCCAUCCAGCGGCUUCUUCCGCUUCAUUCUCUACCAUACCACUUGUGCAUGCAUGUAAUGGUCUAAUACCAGUUGAAGAACUGCUGUAGGUACCUCCCUAAUAAGAUUUCUAAACCCAUAGUUAGUGUGAUCAUGACUUUGUCAAAGGCAAGUCUCCACCCAUAACUGUUCUCUUGUAUCCCUGUUGCUUGAGCUACAUUAAGUAGAAUGUGCAUGUUGUAGUCCUAUGAUGAUGUAAACUUGGUACUACAUAAUGACUUGCUCCACACAUGCAGUAAACUACAUAAUGAUGUACUGGUAAACUAGAAACAAAGAAUGCAGCAGGAUCUGUCCAGCAUAUUAAAGAUGAAACUGAAUUGGAAAAAUAGCUCCAUUUUUUGGUGCUUGGGAAGCACAGUGACCAAAAAAGCUGUAUGGCUGCUUAUUCAUUAGUCUUUCCUACUAAUGUCAAACCCAUGGUACCUAGAGUUAAAUAAAAUUCCAAUGCCCUUACUCUUUAACCUAUUGUUUCUCCUUUUUCCUUUGUAGACUAUUGAAACUGCCACAAACUUGGCAAGACUUUCUGAGGUUUCUGAUUCCAUAUUUAAUUGACUAUUAUCAAUAGCCUGAUAUUGAAAAACAUUUGUAGUUUUCAGUGUGAAACUAAGGGGUUGAAGAAUCACUAUUGGGUUUUGCCUGUAUUUUAGAUUCCGAUACAUCUGCUGUUUCACUCAGGAACUACUUCUACCAGUUAAUCAGCAUUAUCCAGCACUUGUCUUUAAAAGUCAUUUGGCACUUGUUUGUUUUCAACAGAGACAAUUGAGUAUAGUUUAUUGAAGAAUGGAUUUUUUUUGCUGUUUUUCAUCAUUCAGCUAGAAAGUGAGAAGUUUUAUCUUCCAUGGUCCUUUUAAAUCUUGUUAGAACUAGCAGGACGUAGGUGGAAAGAUGAAGAAAUAAGUUUGUCUAGACUAAAGAAAGGAAAGCAGGUUAUAAAAGCCAUAGUAGCCAGUCCAGUUUAUUCUGCAGAUGGCCUCAUACCAAUCGCUGUUAGUUUCCCACCUCCACUUUCCCACUGAGAACUGCAGCAAUUUUAAAGGAUAUGAAAAAGCCAAGACUCAAGAGAUGAGAAGACCCCGUUGGCGAAAUAUAGUGUACUCUUCACUGCCACUGCCACCACCAAAUGGGUUUUUAGAGCUUUGAAACACAAUCUUUGUAAAUUAAUGAAAACCUCCCUGUGACCCACCUGCCUUCUCCCCAUACCCAAAUUUGACCACUACUGGCCUAAAGGCAAGAUGGGCUUCGAUAUAGAAGGACUGCAGGACAGUAGAAAGGGCUGCCACGGAGGUGACAAGAGCUCCUUCCUCUCCAACAUGUGAUACUACACAUCUCUGUGGGUGAUCUAAGUUGGACUUUUGACUCUAAAACAGCUAUAAUCCAAGAAAGGUAAAAUUCUAAUGGAGGUAAAGAAUCCUGACUGAUUGUUCCCUUUGAUGUCCAAAUAAGGGACUGUCGUGAGUACUUAUGCUACACUUACUAUAAGAAUGAUAUUAUUUGUCUUUCUCCUGGGCUGGAUAGCGGACUAUAUUUUAUUAUAGGCUUUGAGAGACAUCUGUCAUGUUGCAUAACUGUUCAUAUUAAUAACUUAAUAAAUAGUAUAUGAAGCU